GUCUGGCAGUCUUCUGGGACCUGUCACGUCCACAGUGUUUGAUCAUCUCCUGUACUAGGUCCACAGUCUCUGGUCAUCUCCUGUACUAUGUUUGAAGUUUCUGGUCAUCUCUUGUACUAUGUCCGCAGUCUCUGGUCAUCCCCUGUACUAUGUCUGCAGUCUAUGACCAUCUCCUGUACUAUGUCCGCAGUCUCUGGUCAUCCCCUGUACUAUGUCCGCAGUCUCUAGUCAUCUCCUGUGCUAUGUCCGCAGUCUCUGGUCAUCUCCUGUGCUAUGUCCGCAGUCUCUGGUCAUCUCCUGUACUGUGUCCGCAGUUUCUGGUCAUCCCCUGUACUAUGUCUGCAGUCUAUGACCAUCUCCUGUACUGUGUCCGCAGUCUCUGGUCAUCUCCUGUACUAUGUCUGUAGUCUAUGACCAUCUCCUGUACUGUGUCCGCAGUCUCUGGUCAUCUCCUGUACUAUGUCUGCAGUCUCUGGUCAUCCCCUGUACUAUGUCCGCAGUCUCUGGUCAUCUCCUGUACUAUGUCUGCAGUCUCUGGUCAUCCCCUGUGCUAUGUCUGCAGUCUCUGGUCAUCUCCUGUACUGUGUCCGCUGUCUCUGGUCAUCCCCUG